AUGGCUUCAAGUACCAUCCACGCAUUUUUCGCCCAGCGAAGAGCCGACAACUCCCUCGUCGUUCUCGAUCCUCCAAAGUUCGACCUCGAAAGCUACAUCUCAAACUAUACCGGGCGAACCCAGAUCGAGAGACUCCUUCAUAUUGGACUACAUUCACCACCGCUAUGCAUCGAAGCUCUGAAACUGGCCGUCAAGGCGCUGAAGCAGACGUCGGAUGUGCCACGAUAUAAGCUCGUAGUCGAGCAGCUCAAUAAGCUAGCCCCCGAUGACCCGGAAGCCGUGAUGGAUGAGGAAUGGGUCGAGAAGACAAGCAGACGGGUUGCCAACAGUACCGAGAAGAUUGAAGCAGACUUGAAGAGCUAUAAGCACAACCUUAUCAAAGAGAGCAUCAGAAUGGGCCACGAGGAUCUCGGCAAUCACUACUAUGCUUCCGGGGAUCUUGUCAACGCAUUCAAGUCAUACUCCCGUAUGCGUGACUUUUGCACAGCGCCUAAACACAUCCUCGAUAUGUCCCUCCAGAUCAUCCGCGUCUGCAUUGAACAGGGAAAUUACAUGUCUGUCCAGUCGCACAUUGUGAAGAUCCGCAGUCUUUCCCGCUCCCCCGAGGAGGAGGAGAUAUUGAAGCCGAAGCUGUGCGUCGCUAUGGGCCUCACGCAGCUUGCCUCGGGAGCUUUCAAAGAGGCAGCAAAGAGCUUUCUGGAGACUCCACCGACCCUUGGAGCAACAUAUAAUGAUGUCAUCUCUUCCAAUGACGUUGCGGUCUACGGAGGGCUCUGUGCGCUUGCCAGCAUGGAGAGGUCGCAGCUCAAGAAGGAGGUUCUCGAUAACAACGACUUCCGGAACUUCUUGGAGUUAGAGCCGCAGAUGAGGAGGGCCAUCUCGUACUUUUAUACGGCGAAAUACUCGAAUUGCUUGAAGAUUCUCGAGGAGUACCGGAAUGAUUAUUACCUCGACGUGCAUUUGGUGAAGCAUGUGAAUAAGCUGUUUGAGAUGAUUAGAAGCAAGGGGAUCGUGCAGUACUUUAUCCCGUUUUCGUGUGUGUCGUUGAAGAGUAUGGCGGAGGCAUUUGCGACGAAUGAGAAGACGCUUGAGAAGGAGCUCGUGGGGAUGAUUGGGAAGGGGGUCUUGAACGCGAGAAUAGAUACAAAGAAUAGGCUUCUCACCGCAAAGGAAACCAACCUCCGCACAGCAGUCCACCGGGAUACUCUAGCGAUGGCGCAAAACUACGAGCGCACCGCCAGAAUGAGGCUGAUGAGGAUGAACAUUCUCCGUGCAGGUCUGGAGGUCCGGGGCCCCAAGGGGGGACAAGGCCAUCCUUCGGGACCUGCCCAGGGCCAGGGAUGGGUUGGCCAUUCCGGGAGGCCUCAGGGGUUUAUGGAGAGGUUCCACAUGGGUUCUUGA